AUGGCGACCGAGCUGACCGUCCAGUCUGAGCGCGCUUUCCAGAAGCAGCCUCACAUCUUCCUCAACACCAAGAGCUCGGCCAAGAGCAAGAAGAGUGGCCAGGGCCGCCGCUGGUACAAGGAUGUUGGUCUGGGUUUCCGUACCCCCAAGACCGCCAUUGAGGGCAGCUACAUCGACAAGAAGUGCCCCUUCACCGGUAACGUUUCCAUCCGUGGCCGUAUCCUGACCGGCCGUGUCGUCUCCACCAAGAUGCACCGUACCAUCGUCAUCCGCCGCGAGUACCUGCACUACGUCCCCAAGUACAACCGUUACGAGAAGCGCCACAAGAACCUCUCCGCUCACGUCUCGCCCGCUUUCCGUGUUGAGGAGGGUGACUGGGUUACCGUCGGCCAGUGCCGUCCUAUCUCCAAGACUGUCCGCUUCAACGUCCUGCGUGUCCUUCCUCGUACCGGCAAGGCCGUCAAGGCUUUCUCCAAGUUCUAA